AUGCUGUUCUGUGUUGUCAGCAUCUUCCGUGAGCCAGGCACCAUGGGCGGUCCAGAUGUUCUCAUCCGCUCCCGACACCACCCUAGUGUUGAUCAGGAACGGAACAGCCUAGCCAACCACCUGCAUACACAAUUCCAGAUCCUCCAAAGGACGAACUCUAUCAAGAAAAGGGUCGUGAACUUCGGCACCAGGCUGGGAACCGGGGAGGUGGCAGGGACUGACCCCAAGACUGUUGCGGGUCUCACCUCGGUGAUGCAGACGCUCCUGCAACAGGUGCGAGAUAGAUUUUGGACUGUAUCUGACCAGGUCAUUGGAAGAACUGAUGAAAUGAGUAGUCGCCUCGAUGACCUGGAGAAAAACAUUGCAGACCUCAUGACACAGGUGGAGACGGAAGAACUAGGAGAUGAAAACAAAUUAGCUGCUACACAAAAGAGUUGA